AUGCCGCACAAGGUUCCGCGCAAGUCCUCGCACAAGGCCUCCAGCCACAACGAACUCAACCUCGACGCCGUGAGUGGGUACUUGAUUGGUGUCUGGUGCAUAGAUGGGGCGGCUAGGAUGACCCAGCUCAUAAAAGGAUGGGACACAGGGUGUGAAAUGGUGGGGUCGGGUUCAACGGAGGCCUCAUCGCCUCGUCGCCUUGACAGCUCGGUCGAGGUAGAUCACAGGGGAUAUCACGGCAUUGACUCAAGACGGGGGUGGGCGCACGAUGGCGAUUGCCCUGCCCAGGACUUUGGCUUUACCUGA